AUGUUACUUCGGUUAGCAUUGAUUUUGGGAAUUUUUUCCACAAUUCAUGUUCACGCAAAGAAGAAAUGCGAGCAGAUUACAAUUCCACUUUGCAAAGGAAUCGGAUACAAUAUGACAUCUUUUCCAAAUAGUUAUGGACAUGAAAAACAAGAUGAAGCUGGAUUAGAAGUUCAUCAAUUUUAUCCAUUAGUUGAGGUAAGUUGUUAAAACUCUCUCAAAGAAAAACGAAGUUUUGUGCUUUGACUUAUGGAAGAAUCUAUUUUCAGUUUCUUUUCCUGAUCUUCUUCUUCAAACAUAAAUUUUUCAAAUUCAAUUUUUCUAGGUCGGAUGUUAUCAACAUUUGAAAUUCUUCCUCUGCACUCUCUACACACCAAUCUGCCAGGACAACUAUGAGCGUGAAAUCCUGCCAUGCAUGGAAAUGUGUCUCGAAGCUCGCAGUAAAUGUUCCCCAAUAAUGGCAAAAUAUGGAUUCCGCUGGCCGGAAACACUUUCAUGUGAUGUUCUUCCAAAAAUGUCGGAUGGCAAGAUCUGCGCAGCUCCACCAGAUACACCAAAAAAGAAACACGAACAACAAAUUCCAAAGAAAUUCAAUCAAAAACCAGAAGUUGGAAUUUAUUCGGAUUUCGAUCAACAUAACACAAAAGAACAAUGCGAAUGCACCUGUCAAAAACCAUUUCAAUUUGUUGAAUCAUCAAAAGCUCGAGUUGGAAAUAUUUCAAAUUGUGCAUAUUCUUGUCAUAGUCCAGCAUUUGUUGAAAAUCAAGGAUUAAUUAACAAUUGGAUGGCAUUUUGGUCGAUUACUUGUUGUGUUCUUUCAACAUUCACAUUUUUGACAUUUUUAAUUGAAACUGAUCGUUUUCAAUAUCCCGAAAGACCUAUUUUCAUGUUGGCUUUUUGUCAAUUGAUGGUUGCUGUUGGAUUUAUGAUUCGAUAUUUUGUUGGACACGAUGAAAUUGCCUGUGAUUCUGGAUUCCGAAUUAAAGGAAGUGAUGAAAACAAUUCCGGAUCUUUAUGUUUUGUGGUACGUUUUCAUUCUUUAAACCUUAAUGACUCAAAAUAAUUUCAAUUAUUUUUCAGGUAUUCCUCUUGACAUAUUUCUUUGGAAUGGCUGCAUCUGUUUGGUGGGUAAUCCUUUCUUUAACAUGGGUUCUUGCUGCUGCCUCAAAAUGGUCUUCGGAAGCAAUUGCUUCAUAUUCAUUCCAUUUUCAUGUUAUUGGAUGGGGUCUUCCGGCUGCUCAAACUGUUUUAGUUUUGGUAUUCAAUGCAAUCGACGGUGAUCCAAUUACUGGAAUUUGUUAUGUUGGAAAUACUGAUUUAUUCUUCCAACGAACAUUUGUUUUGGCUCCAUUGGUUACUUAUUUCGUUUUGGGUGUCAUGUUUUUGAUGAUUGGAUUUUUCAAUUUAUGGAGUAUUCGAAAUGAAGUUCAAAAACAACAUCCAUCUUUGGACAAUGCUCAUAAAAUUACUCAAUUAAUGUCGAAAAUUGGAAUCUUCUCAUUAUUAUAUACAAUUCCAUCAUUGCUCAUUAUAUCAGUUAUGUUUUAUGAGCAAAAUCAUCGACAACAAUGGGAAAUGGCUCAAUUAUGUUCGUGCUCACCACGUCAAACAAUUGCUGAUUCAUCGCUUAUCAUUUCACUUCUCAAAACUUGUUGUAUGUGUAUUGUUGGCUGGACAUCUGGUUUCUGGGUUUGUAGCAUCAAAACAUUGUGCUCUUGGAAAAACGCGAUUUGUUGUCUCGGACAAUCAAGAAGUUCUCCAAAAUAUCAACCUGCUGAUAUUUUAUAUGCUAAAUCGGAUAUGUCAUCUCCCCAAUUCUACAAUACAAAUCUACGCCAAAAUAUUCACCACCAUCAUCAUUUGUAUGGCGAUAAAUUAUAA